AAAGAAACUAAAAGUGACGUCGAGGUAGGACGGACAUUUGCCACAAUUCUAUCUGAUCCGGAGUUUCGUUCCUCCUUGAUGUACGCAGCUGGCGUGGAAGAAGUGAAGGCGUUACUUUUGGCUCGCGCAAACGAAUUGGCUAAUAGACGCCCAGAGGAUCGGCGGAGAUCAUCCGUUUUUGAACGCUCUCAUAAAAUUGCCUCAGACCUGUGUCUACAACCCUACAACCCCGCGCCCACAGCACCCAGACUUUCCGUAAUACCUUUCACGCCCAUCUGCCAAGUUAAAGGUUGA